CAGAUCCGUUUGGACCGGCCUUUUUUCUUCUGAAUGCCUUCGAGCAGGCUUCCUUCUCUUGUUCUGCCACCAUUGUUUCUCUGUUUCCAUUCCUUUCGACCCCGUGUAACAAGGCGGAGGGCCGACUGUUGAUCGCAAUUAGAUCUGUCCGUUCUUUUACGUCCUGCAAGACCGAUCUGGAAACACCCACGCUCGUACCCCGCGGUCAUGCUAUAUACUGAUUGAAGCCGCCAAUCCCGGAACUGGACACAAAAUGGACAAGCGACACUCCUCACCCUCUUCUCGCGCCAGAAGCCCCCGCCCUAGGACCUACAGAAAAAGGAGCAAUUCGUUCCCCAUCUCGGAAGCUUUGGGAUGCUCCACGCCCGAAGCCGAACUCAUCCUAGCUGAGGGGAGAGCUGCACUACGCAGCCGUCUGGCGGACCGGCAACGCGGUCGUUCAAGAAGAAACGACAACCAUCCCUUCAACCCAAAAGACCAUAUUGGCUACCUUACGCAACGCUCCGGGGUCUCGGAAGUUGCUGAUAGGCACUCACUGUCGCCAUCCGGGCCCAAACCUCCGAGACACGUGCGGAUACCGUCUGAUGCUACGGAUCGAAGUACGUCCACAAUUGUUGCACCCAACCAACUGGCCGUACAAGAAGCAUCCAUCGACUCCAAUCAGGCUGCCAGCCCGCUUGGAGACUACUCGGCUCAGCUCGCCAAAUUUAUCCAAUCGCAGCUCAACUCAAUACCGGCGUAUACGUCUGGCGACAACUCAAUUUCUCCACGGUCAUGCCCCGAUCUGACCUUCGCGCGGAGUGCUUCGCCUGUAAAGAGUCUAAAGAGCCCUGCUCUACCACAUGCCAAGCCGGUGUCGAUGAAGCGCCCUAUCGGUGCGCCUAGUCUCAUCCAGAUACCUAGCAUCCGUCCACCCGAGAGGAGUGCAUUCUCCGAGUGGAGCUCGACAGAUGACGAGACCGACGACGAGGCACCGCCACUGCCUGACACCGAGAUUGCGCAACCAGUGCCAAAAGCCGACUCGUACACACCGCCAGUGUUGCGCUACUAUGAGCAACCAAACGACUCUACGUUCCUUUUUACAUCCACUCCCGUGGCCGACGACGAAGAUGAGCCACACACUGCGAAGGGCUUCUCAUUCCCAUCGAUUCCUUCGCCACCAGGAAACCAUGCUGAACGCUCCUCCACACGCGAUGAGGACUAUCCAUCAUCGGACUCUAGACUAUCACUCCUGUCAUCAUCUUCGGCGCCUUCCUUAUCCUCCAUAUCACCCGGGUCCUAUUUCGAACAUAAUAUGCCUACAUCCCAGGUGUCCGAUUUGAGGAAACGGCUCCUAGCUGCGGUGACACCGCCGCCUGGGAAAAUUAUACCGGCCAUAUCGCCGUUCGAAGGGGCUGACCUGGCCAACGUUCACGACAUACUGGUGCAGUCCCAGCGAAGCGUUCUUGUUGACGGCAUGUCAUUCGACAUGGUCCGAGACUUCGCUGCACCCAACGAGGGCAUGCGACCAUAUCAAACACAGUGCUAAUUGCGUCCGACAGCACCUCACUCCCUUGUAUACUACCAACGGUUUCUUUCCUUUCCUUCUUGCCAACGCCAUUGGAAUGGAUCAGCAGGCCUGCUCCAUUUCCGCAUCGUCUACUCGAUUUCAGCGUUCUGCCUCUGCCUCUGUACCCGCAUAUACUGUUUUGUAAUCUGUUUAUACACGUAGACUGCACCGUUUCUCAAGGCCUCCCGAUUCGUUUCGGCGCCUUUCCUCACCUGUACCAACUCUUUCAGAUAUCCCGAACACGACUUUCAUGACGCAUAUGACGCGGUCUUCUAGCUUUUCUUUUGGAGGUACAGCAGGUGGAUGGGUUGAACAGCGUGCAGAUAGUUCAGCUUAUAUAAUUGGGAGACAGACACGGAUCAGAUCCAGACUCGAAGAAAAUAAACCACAUCUAUCAAAC